GCGGAGCGGCGGCGGAGCUCGGAGAUUGCUCCGGCACAGGGGGACCCGCGCCCGGGUGUGCCCCGGCUCGGGGCUCGCUGCGGGCCGAGGGGCCACGGUGAGGGGCAGGGGGCGGUUCAGCUCGGAGCUUCUGGCGGGCGAACGGACGGACGGACAGACGGACGGACGGACGGACGGACGGACGGGACCGCGGUGAGCUGUGAGGGGUCUGGGAAUGCGGGGGACAAUCGUGAGCACCGCGGGGCUGCUGCUUCUUGCCCUCGGCAGGCGGACUCCGAGCCGCAGCUGUCCUGUGCCCGCCUCCGGCAGCUCGCAGGCGCUGUCCCCGCCUGUCCCGGCACGGAGCUGGGCUGCAGCGGCUGCAGAGCCCCAGGGGCCGCGGCUGCGGGCACCGGAGAGCUCCCGGAGGCCGCGCUUGUCUCCGCAGUGUGCCACCAGCGUGGCUGUGAAGCUGUUCCCGAGGCCGAUCUCCGAAAGGCUUUUCCAGCACUCCUGAUGUCUCCGGAGCAAGGGGCUGUUUGUUCCCAGCACAGAGAUGCCGGCUGUGAGCUGGAGGAGAAUCAAUCCUGCUCCCUUCACGGAGUUGUACAGGAGCUUCUGCAUCUCCAGGAGGGACCAGCAGCUGGGGUUCCACACUUGCCUUUGGCUCAACAAGCUACUUGUCAUGAGCAGGGGGAUGCCACUUGUAAACGUGCAGGAAAUGAAGAUGUGGAGAGUGGAUUCUGCAGCCGUGAUGGGAGUGUGAGGGAGCCCCUGCGUACCCAGGGCAGUAAUGUACACAGAAGGAUCCUCAGAAGAUUCCCAGGCAAGCGGUUCAGGUCCCAUCCUGUGCCCGUGUUGGUGCUGGUUGUGCUCGUGUUGCUGGUGCUGGCUUUGGCGGUGGCCUUGGCUGUGCAGUCAGCCCCACAGCUUCCAGUCACACCUGCGACUCCGCUCUUGGUUCUGGCCUGUCCCUCUGGCUGGGUUGGCUACAAUGGGCUCUGCUACUACUUCUCCAGGGAUUCCAGCACCUGGGAGCAGGGUCAGGAACGGUGCUCCGAGCUCGGGGCCUCCCUGGCCAUUGUCAAGGAUGCGGACCUGGGUUUGCUCUUCCGCCUCCGCGGGAACGUCGAUUACUGGCUCGGGCUGCGCAGACGGGGCCAGCGCCUGCACUGGGGGGACGGCAGCAACUUCAGCUCCUGGGUUCCUGUCCUUGGCAAUUCUGAGUGUGUGUACCUGGCUGACAAUAAAUUCCGGAGUGAGGACUGCUCCAAUGAGCGGCCGUAUCUGUGCAGCAAGGCCCAAGCUCCCCUGUGACAGGGGCUGCAGAAAGGACCUUCUCCACGCUGGGCAGUGCCAGCUUCACCUCUCAGCCUGGCACAGGCUGUCCUUGCUCAGCUGCAGCCUGUGCCCUGCCCUCACUCUCAGGGUCACCUCCGUGCCUGUUCCUCGCCACUGCCAAGGCCGGGCUGGGUGUCCAAAGGAAAAGUCUCUGCAAUCCCUCCUGGCCCCGGUGCUGCCUGCAGGGAGGGCAUUGCCCCCAUGACACCCCCAGCUCCAAGGGCAGCCACCAGCGCCCCUGCCGGCGGUGCGGGAACUGCAGCCAAGGGGACAGUGCCUGCGGCCGAGAGCGCCUGGGGCUGGGUUUGGGCUCUGUUUGUUGUUAAUGCCGCCCUCGGGCUUUUCUGUCUGCUUUGUGCUACGUCCCAGUAAAGAACUGUUACUCCUCUUCUCCU